UUGAAUCCUUUUCAAACAGUUUGCGUUUGAAAGUGAUCAUCACAAAAAAAAAGAUUGUUCUUAAAAAUGAGUCACGUAACACAGAUGAGCCAUUUGAAAUCGACGAGCGGUUUCGAUGAUGGUAAGUCGGACAAAUCCGACCGGUCGGAGGAAAAUUUUGACUUUGACUCAUCGGAAGAUGAGGAAAUUACGAUGAUUCUCGGCUUCCGAGACGAUGAGGCGCGUCAGAGGUUGAUCAACUUUCCGAAAUCAACCCGGAUGGUAAUAAGUCCAGAUUUGCAAGCCGAAAUUGGGAUGGAAAUUGGUCACACGAUUAGUGCAGAACAUCCUUGGAAGCAAAUUAAGAAGGAAGUACUAGAGGACCACCUUCCGGGAAAGGACGCCACGCAGCAACAAUUGAAAGAAAAGCUCAAAGAUUUGGACCCAGGAAAGCUGAUUCUGGUGGGCUACUCUCCGGAACUUUCGACGGAAGACGACGUGUUUAUUGUUUUCAUCGAUGAUCGGGAAACCAAAGAGGCUAGUGAGCUGAUCAAACGGAUUGAACUACUAGAGCGCCAUAAAGCACGUGGCAUUCUCAAAAAGCGCGCCAGGAAAUGGAAAGAUCAAGGAAGCCAUCAGAAGGUGCAAUGUUACAUACCUAUCAAACGUUUGAAUGUGGUUAAUUUAGAAACGCAAAGUGUUUUUCCUGUGAAACGUUGCAGCGAUGCUUUCAGUCACCGCAUGGUAGAUGACGUUCGGGAUGGUUAUGUAGAGCUUGUUCCCGGUAAGUUCAAAUUCGACAACCUUCAGCGCAAAUUGGUGGAUUUCGCCAUUCAAACGUGUCCACCGAAAAUUCAUCAGUACCAACAAACCGAUCCCACCUUUCCGACCAACGCAUGGUCCCAAUACUUGUAUGAAAUUACUCAGGAGGAAGCAGAUGCAGCAAACAAGCCCACUAUUGCUGCGGAUGAUAAAGGUCAAUCAUCGAAGCCGAACAGUUACGUUCAGGAGCUGCUGAACACUCUAGAAUUCAAUCAGGUGGACAUGUAUAAAAACGACUACCCCUGUAUUUCGAAACGCAAGGUUCACAAAUAUCAAACACCAGUUGUCGAAGAAUGUCUCAGCUUUACUGAUCGAGCAAAGUGUGAGAAUCGUUACGUGUCGGCUAUGGAUUGGCAUCCUAAAUAUUCAGGGAUAUUCGUAGCUGCGUAUAACUUUAACACGUUAUGCACUGUAGUGGAUAUCGAAGAUAGAGAGACGAAUUCGAUCGACCCCGUGAACCGUAUCGUGUUCGAUAAAUGUCCGGUCUUGAUGUGGAGUUUCGAUGAAACCCUUACUCAGAAGUUGGAACUGAGAUCUAGUCGUGAAGUCACUUCACUUUCAUUUUGCCCUUAUGAUGGAAAUUUACUUCUGGCUGGUUUGGCGUCUGGGCAAAUACUGAUUUGGGAUUUGAAGGGCGAGAUAGAGCGUGUUGAACAAGUCGAGGAUAUUACUCCGAAACAGCAAAUGUAUCGCCAGGAAAUUAGAAAGCUCAUGGGCUGGUCCAAAGUAGAGGAAGGUAAUCAAACGGUCGAACCUGUGGCCAUCAGUGCUAUGGAUAAAUCACCAAGGAAACACAUCACAGCAAUCAAAUGGCUUCCUCGGAAUUACUAUUGUGCCACAACCGGACAGAUUCGGGCACAUGCUGAUAAGUUACAUCGAUUUAUAUUGACUACAUCUAUCGACGGCACCGUCUGUUUUUGGGACUUGGAUUUCACAGUUCCUGCUUUAAAAAAAGCUCCGCCCACUUCAAAAACAGUUGCUUCCGGGGAAGCUUCUCCAUAUCAAUCGUUGGACAACGUAUUUUAUCCAAUCUUUAGAAUCAAAUGUGAUACUCCGAUCACAUCGAUUUCCAUUGACGAAGCUUUAUAUGAAUUCAUACCAAUAGAUGGGGACUACAAAAAGGCCGAUAUCGCUACCAGAAUCGAACAUCAAGCUCAGCCGGUAGCAGUGCAGUAUUGCAUGAAAAUGGUGAUUGGAAGUCUGUUGGGAGAUAUAAUAAAAGGCCACUGGGAAGGACAUGAUUUUGACCAGGGAGCGGCAACCAAUGAGGAAUCGCUAAAGCAGAGGGAGAAAUUUGCGGCAAUCCAUGAUGGACCUGUGUUAUUGGUGGAACGGAACCCAUUCUGUGCUGAUAUAUUUUUGACCAUCGGUGGCAACGUACUGGCCUUGUGGAGUGAGGAAUGUCUCAACUCGGCAAUAUUUUGGAGAAGACGUGAUAGAAGGGUAACUGCCGCGAGGUGGAGCUUGGAUCGAGCGUGCGUGUUUUUCAUUGCCAAUGCCAAUGGUGAUCUGGAAAUUUGGGAUACAAAUGUGCGUAUUGAUACUCCUUGUUUAACGGUUAGUCUUGGUGGAAAUAUCCUAACGUAUCUUUCGCAACACAAGUUAUCGGCAUCGAAGAAAUUUUUGGCAGUCGCAGAUUAUAAUAGCAACAUCCGUAUCAUGACUAUACCGAGUAGCUUUUCAGAAGCUAUUCCAUUCGAAGUAGAGAAAUUUCGAAAACUGAUCGACUACGAAUUAACUCGCAAGCAAUCGCAAGAAGACUGGAUCCAAUCGUACUAUGAGGCACAUAAAGAAACUAUUGAAGCGCAAGUUAAGGCGAAGCGCGAAGCAAAGGAAUUAGCUGAACGCAUGGAAGUAGAGCUGAAGGAGCACAGUGAGUACAUGAAGCGGCAGGCUGUCGAAGAAGCUAAGAAAAAAGCUAUGAAGGACGCGGAGAAGCGUGUUGAUUUGGCUAAAAGGCUGGAUGCUAAAUGGAGACAGAAAAGUUAUAAAAGACUGUUGCGCAGCAUGAUGGAAAGAAGAAACAUCAGUCCGGAUCAGUUAGCCAAACAAAUGAAACCGGAAAAGGAAAGGAGAAAGUACAAUGAAGAAAAGCGAACAGCGAUUGCGGAAGACUUGGCAAGAAUUGAAGAUGAUUAUGAGGAAGUUAAGGGUCAGCUGAUUCCAGUAGAAAGCGUCAUUGUGACUCGAGCAGAACAGUUGAAAAGUCAUAUGGAUAAGUAUCGUGAAGAAAUGUUGGACUACCAUCGCGUUGAAGAGGAAGCAAGGGAAGUACUCGAAAAUUUUCAACUUCCUCAGAUUGCAAGUUUUUCUGAUGUUUUGAUUAAGGGCCGCCAACGGAGAGAAGUGAUUAAUCGUGAAUUGGGAGCAAACAUUGAGCACCUGGAAAGCUAUGAACGGAAAAAGAUACAGCGCAGAUUGGUUGCUAACGAAGCGCGUGGUGACACAGAUAGUAAUGCCAGCGUGACCAGCCCGGACGCUUUCCAACGUGCACGGUCAGUCACCUUCAUCGACGAUAUUCCGGAGGAACUGCGAAGACAAAUGUCACAAGAGCAAGAACUAGAAUCGCCCCGAAAAAAUACACCGGUGAAUGACGAAUAGAAACAGUUGCAGCACGCGGAAGGAAUAUUAAAUAACCAAUCACCUACUUGACCGUAUGCAGUGAUCGCAAGAAAACGGGACCGGUUUCUGGCCGUUUCUUUUAAAGCUGAAUAACGUAAAAAAUAAAUUAAAUAAAAUAAAAAUUCGGAACACGCUGCAAGUCCAGUAAACGGCGGAGAAGACUGAUUGUAGCUAUUUUUCAUCAUAUAUUCAACGAUUGGCAUACUUUUUUUUGUCGUGAUUUGACUUUGAUUAAUCCUUUGAGUUGCACCAGAAUGAUUUUGAAGUUUUAAAAAUAAACGAAGAGUU